UACCAUGCCUACUACCAAUGGGUUCCCUUUGUUCUAUUCCUUCAAGGAGUAAUGUUUUAUCUUCCUCACUACUUCUGGAAGCUUUGUGAGGAUAAGAAGUUGGACCGAAUAACCUCUGGCCUUCGAGGGAAAACCUUUGAUAAGGAGGGAAGGAGGGAUGCUUGUGAGAACCUGGUUAAAUACCUUUGGGAGACCAGGGGCCUUCAUAACUCAUACGCUCUCAAAUAUUACAUGUGCGAUGUCCUAAAUUUUGUAAAUGUUAUUGGGCAAAUGUACUUCGUGGAUAAAUUCUUAGGCGGGGUGUUUAUGACCUAUGGAACUGAAGUGUUUAACUGGGUAGGACAAGAAGACGACCUAAGAACGGAUCCCAUGAUCAAGGUGUUUCCUCGUCUAACCAAGUGUACUUUCUACAACUAUGGUGCGUCAGGAACCCUGCAGGCCCAUGACGCAUUAUGCGUACUUGGUCUCAAUAUCAUUAACGAGAAGAUCUAUAUCACCCUGUGGGUCUGGUUUGUUGUCCUCGCUGCACUGACCAGCGUCUACCUGGUUUACCUGCUAGCUAUCAUUACUCUACCCUCACUCAGGAAAGCUGUCGUGGUGAGGAAGGCCCUGGGAGACGUGAAGGAUAAGACUUACCACAUGGUGGACAAGGCAGCCUUCGGAGACUGGUUCCUGCUCUACCUUAUCUCAAGGAACAUGGAUACUGUUAUGUACAAUAUCUUUAUCGAAGAAUUGACAGAAAAAUAUAAAUCAGGAUAGGAUGAUCUAAUCUGGGAUACAGACCCUAGACAGGUUCUGCUGCUGUCGGAGGAUGAGGAGGGGGAGGAUGCCACCCCCCCUGGUCCCUCACCUCCCAACCCCCCCUCACACUACCCCAUGUACCCUACUGAGCUAAACUCCGACUCUGACCCAAGCACCCCUGAGGUGUCAAGUCUAAGAACAUCCACGCCAGAGGGUCCUUCUGCCCCUGAACUGUCUCCGGACUCCCCCUACAAUUCCCUCAGCUACGCCCCUGGAGCCCCCUCUGCCCCCACAAUAGAUAGUGAUGAGGACCCCCUCCUGCCCUAUGCAUCUGAAAGUGAAAAAAAUGCGCAAAUUAAUUAAAAGUUCAUCUUAAAGUCCAGCGUUAUAACUGUAGAUUAAAAAGAUAAAAACUGUUUACCAAUGCACGUUCACUGCAAAAAAACAAAGCACAAUUUUUAGCAGAAUCUUUAUGAAGACGACUUUACAACCUUUCUGUGAAGUGAAAUUUUACUCCUGGAGAUUUACAGGGUGUCCCAC